GGAACGAUGCAGGUAUAAGGGGGGUAUAAGAAUAAACAACUUAGAACAAAGGGGUCAGAACGCCUUCUCCAGCUGGACAAAUGUCUAGCUGUAACCGAUUCUCUCUCGAAUAAAGCAGUCUGUUUCUUAGAAUCUGACCCGGUGUCUCAUUCCUCCGAAAACGAACACGGGGACGGGAGAACCGUCUCAACAGAUGGUGAGCCCUGACGUGCCGAGGGAACGGAGACACGUUUGUUGGCAGGGGUUGAGAGCCGCCGGGCGGCCGGCCAUUCUGAACUGGGUAUGGGGACGCCUUUUGUAUAAAGGUCUCCAGUAGGCAUUGACCACUCUAAAUUAGUAGUUGUUCCGACGUUUCGAAUACCUUCGCCAACCUAAAUUGCAGACGUGAGUAGACGACAGAGAAUCGCUUGUUCUAAGUGUGAGUCCUUUAGGUGUGUUGGUCAUCCCGGAUAAGCCGGAGGUAUUGGACACGUGAAUCCUCUAGGUGUGCGUUAAAACAGCCCUGCAAUUUGAAAGUCCUAGAGUGGAUGAAUUCUCCAGGUGUGCGUUAGAACAUCCCUGCAAUUUUAAAUUCCUGGAGACGGUGAGGCAUAUGUUUAUAGCCUCCUAUUGUUAGACAAGUGAACCGUCUAGGUGUGCUUUGGAACAUCACUGCAGAUUGAAAGUCCUGGAAUUGAUUUGGCGAACGCUUUUUUCUGUCUACCAGUACAUCCGGACUGUCAACCAUGGUUUGCCUUUACGUACGAAGGACAAAGGUACACUUACAAUCGUAUGCCGCAGGGGUACAAGGACUCGCCUGGACUGUUUAGCGCCGCACUCCUCCCCAUCCUGGAAGCUGUUAGGCUACCCCAAGCCACUGUCAUUGUGCAGUAUGUUGACGACCUACUUGUGGGAAGUGUAACCGAUGAACAUAACUUGGAGACAGUGCGAGACCUCCUGGGGGUGUUGUUGCAGGCAGGGUUUAAGGUGAAGAAGGAAAAAUGCCAAAUAGCAAGGAGAUCGGUUACCUUUAUGGGGAGAAUAAUAGGUAAAGGUGGGACAACGCUGUCCCAUGCCCAUCGGGAAGCCAUCCUGUCCUACGGGACUCCGAUCACGGUACAGGACAUGAUGGCGUUUCUCGGGUUGUGCGGUUAUUCCCGCACCUACAUCCCCGACUUCGCUGGGCUUACUGGGCCCCUUAGAGAGAUGAUAACGGAAGUGGGGGCCAAGAAGCUAAAGAGUCCUCUUAGAUGGUCCAUGGACCGUGAGAAAGCGUUCAGGGAGGUCAAACAGGCAUUGGGUGAGGCGGCGAGUUUGGCCCACCCUGAUUACAACAAAGAGUUUCAUUUGGACGUCGCCGAGAAAGACGGCGUGAGUAAUGCCGUUCUGUAUCAGAAGGACAGAGGAGGAAGGAAAGUCCUUUGUUACUAUAGCAGCAAACUGGAUCCUAUCGAGAGGGGGCUUCCAGGGUGCGCGCGUUUUGCUGCAGCGGUAGCCAGAGCAGUCAGGAAUACCGCACAUCUUGUAUUGUGUCACCCUCUGAGCAUUCACACAGACCACAGUGUUAGUGCCUUCAUUGCCUUGAACUCGUUUAGCUUCUCUACCUGUCGCCAAGUAAAGAUUGAGACCUCCCUCCUGGCCCCGCACAUAUCGUUUCGUCCACUUAAGGGGGAGGGCAGGAAUAUGGCAGCGGGGGUGAACGGCGGCCUCCUCCCUCCUCACGAUUGCGUAGCCCGAGUGGCGGAGGAAAAAAGGCUGCGGAGGGGACUCCACACUGAGCCGAUUCCUGAACCUGAAUGGUCACUGUUCACUGAUGGGAGUAGUAACCGCGGGGUAGACGGAACCGUUCAGGCUUCUUACGCAGUAGUCCGGGUGGAGGGAGGCGGCUAUGUGACUAUGGAGGCGGAGGAAUUGCGCCAGCCGGCAUCAGCUCAGCUAGCGGAGAUUGCGGGGUUGACCAGAGCAUUAGAACUAAGCGCCGGGAUGAGAGUAAACAUUUACACCGAUUCUGGGUAUGCUUGGAGUGCGGUGCAUGUUGAGGGUACGUCCUGGGUGCGUAGGGGUUUCCAGACCACGGCAGGGAAGCCAGUAAAACAUGAGGCAAGCCUGCGGCGGCUCCUCAGGGCCGUGCACAUGCCAAAGGAGGUAGCAGUGGUCAAGGUCCAGGGACACUCAGGGCCAGACACUGAGGAAGGGAGGGGCAAUUCGGCAGCGGAUGAGGCAGCGAAGAGAGUCAUUCAGGUGGUGAACCUCAGGUCUGGUAAGGACACACAAAGGGAGACACAGGAGAUGUCAGUGGACGGUGGGGUGGUCGAACACACCUCUCUUUCCAGCGAUGUGCGCGACGUAGGAGCCCCGGUCAGUCGGGACGAUGCCGUUAUGCAUCUUAUAGAACUGCAGAGUCGGGCGAGUGAGGCGGAGAAAAGAGAAUGGGAGACGGGCGGGGCUGUGGCACAGGCGGUUAAAGUAGGAGGGAAGCAGUUUCAACUUUGGAGAUCAGCUGGGGGGGAGGUGGUAGCGCCCUGCUCCCUCUUGCCAGCGCUGUUCGCUGAACUGCACGGGCCUACACAUGUUGGGGUUCAGACGAUCCUGAAAGCUGUCCGAGAUCAUUGGUGGGCCCCGAAACUGCGGGGACGACUGGAAAACAUGAGGGCGGAGUGUAAGAUCUGUAAUGAACAUAAUGCGAGGAGGACUUUACCUCACCCCAUCCUUGUUUUCCCAACCCCUUUCGGUCCUUGGCAGGAAAUCUGUAUGGAUUUCACGGACAUGGGGGCUAAGUGGCGCACGACUGAACAUUAUAGAUUCCUACUGGUUAUCGUGGAUCGAUUUUCAAGGUGGGUAGAAGCCACGCCAACCAAAAAGGAGGAUGGGGAGGUCGUGGCCAACUGGUUACGUAACGAAUUGAUUCCCAGGCAUGGAGUUCCCCGAGUCAUUUGUAUGGAUAAUGGAACUCACUUUAAAAAUGAGCACCUGGCCCGGGUAGAGACGGCCCUAGGUAUAAACCACAGGUUCGGUAGCGUAUAUCACCCCGAGAGUCAGGGGCUCGUGGAAAGAGCGAACAGAACUCUGAAAGAUAAAAUAGCAAAAGUUCUGGCUGGGACCCAUAUGACCUGGGUGCAGGCGCUGCCACUGGCCCUAAUGUCCAUGCGCCAAGAGAAGUGCGGGGACACUUUCCUUUCCCCUCAUGAGAUAUUGACUGGCCGACCUAUGCCAGGACCCCGCUUAUCACCCCGGUGGGAGAACACAUGGGACUUCAUGAAUCAGGACAUGGUCCAGUACAUGCGGGUCUUGCACGAGAUGGUUAAGCUAGUCAGGCAACAGGUGCUCAAUGCCCGGGAAGGGGUGAUCGGGUCGACGAUGCCACUAACGGUAGGAGAGGAAGUUUACCUACGACACCCAGGCAGAACUUCUUGGAGUGAGCAGAGGUGGCAAGGGCCAUUCCGAGUCACCGAAGUGGCCAACAAUACCCUGAGGGUGGACAGGGAGGGGGACAAUAACUGGCACCAUUUUUCACACUGUUCCAGAUCUCCAAAUGGACUAUCACAGGCGGAGGGCACUCCCAGAGAGGAGACGGAGAGUAGUGCCGAGGAUCUCUGAAUCAAGGUGGCCGGGCCAGCUCCUCAUAGGGUUGGGUCUGUGCUUCGCGGUACGACCCUCCGUGCAGGUAACAAAGGAUCCGUGUGGGGCAAAGGUAAUAUUGGAUGCAGACCCAAGAAUAAAACAGACCUUCCAGUUCGACCUCUGUGAUGUGAUAGAGUGUGGGGGGGGGCCGAGGAGGCAUGGGCAGGCUAUGACGUGUAUAUGUGCCCCUGCUCGUGUGCCCCGGCUCUCUCUAAUCUAUGUGCGGGAUAUCCACAAAACCUGGGCCACAUAGGGGAGGGCUUCCCGUGUUAUACUUGGGAUGACGUCUGGUGGGGGCAAUCACAUACCAGCACCCCGAAGCGAACUGAGUAUCGGGAUUUUCAACGGAAACUGUCCUUGAGGAGGGGACAGAUCGCGGCAGCACAAAGGAGAAAGAACCCCUUGGUCUUCCGGACCGAGGCCGGACUCUCUAAUCCCCUAUAUAUGACCGGGUGGUCUAGUAAAACCUGCAGGUAUUGGGAUGGUCAGAGUCGACAUGGUAACCCGCUCAGGACCAUGUACUGGGACCCAGAAAGGACCAAGGUGCUGUAUUUAGCUAUAGGGGUCGCCAUCUCUGGAAAGGACCCGAGGGGUUACAUAAGAAUUAACCUGGGAAGCAGCAACGCGGCCCGACCACAGGCCAACCCAGGAACUGUCCAAACCUUUGAAACAGAUAAGCUAAUAAACCCCCAAAGUAGGCUGGCUCUAGCUACAGGGUACAUGGAGGCGAACGCCUGGAUUGACAGGAUCAUCCAGUUUUCUCAGCAGGCAAAGCAAGAAAACUGUUGGGUGUGCGCGAAAGGGAGGCCAGGACUAAUCAUGAGCAGGACUCCAUUCGAGGAAGGGUACAUGGAUUGUGCUGUUGAUUUAAUGUCCAGGGCCAACCCCACAGCGAAGUGUAGAUCCUGGGAACAGUAUUUUCCAAUGGCCCCGCCGACUGUUACCCCACCUGACUUUGUUGUCCUCCCAUUAGUAAACUACACUUGCUUCACCAACCCCCGGUCACUCGUCCGGGGAUACAGGGUUGGUUGGGUGGAUGUAUCUAGUUGUAAUAGGAGUUGGGAGCUUACCAAAGACGGGGCUGCCAGGCUGACCGUGAGUCGAGCAGACCUGUGGUGGUAUUGUGGGGGUAAAACAAUUGGCUUCCUCUGAAUUGGGAAGGGAGGUGCGUUCUCAUGACCCUGAAUGCCCAGCUGUUCUUGUCACCAAGAGCCCCUGGGGAUUACACUCUCCGCAAACCACCCCGGGGACUUGAUGCCCACGUUAGGUAUAAGCGGGCCAUAAGCGGUCCCAGUACCUGGAUUAAUCUAGCUUCGGGUAUAGUGGAUUUAAAAAAUCCACAUGGGGUCUGGAUCGACGCUAUCGGUCAGGCUAGGAACAUUCCUGACGAAUAUAAACUGGCUGAUGAAAUAGCUUCUGGGUUUGAGAGCUUCCCCCUAUUCGCAGCCAUCUUCCCCAUCAGGACUAAUAAAAAUGUAAACAGGAUCAAUCUCAUCCAUUACAAUGUUCAGAGACUGGCCAACUUGACUGUGGACGCGGUGGAUGCAAUCCACGAACAGCUCGCCCAGACCUCGCUGAUGGCCUUACAGAAUAGGCAGGCCUUGGAUAUGCUCUUAGCAGAGAAAGGAGGGGUCUGCGCUAUGUUUGGUGAAAUGUGUUGUACUUCAAUAGCAAACAAUAGGGGCCCAGAUGGGAAACUCACUAAAACACUAAGAAAGCUGCGUGCUCUGGCCGCUGAAUUAAAGCUGCAGUCUGGGGUCAGUAAUCCAGUUAUAGAUUGGCUGAGUAAAACCUUUGGGAGGUGGGGAAGCAUGUUGGGACAAUUAGCCCUGGGGCUGACCAUUUCUGUUGUUAUUUUUAUUACUUGUGGUUGCUGUUGUAUCCCCUGUCUCAGGACCCUUAUGACCCGAACUAUCGAACGAGCCCUUACAGACAAGGACGACCACCCCUCUUCGCCCCCACCUUAUCAAGCCGUGCAGCAGGGAUGCGCGGGCGCUCCCUAUGCAACAGUGAGCAUGGCUGGACUGGAGAUGGACGGGGACCACCCGCCCCCAUGCUACGACUUUUGAGUGUUUAUGUAUUAUUUUUAUUUCACUGUUUCUUGUGCCUUAACGGUUGUAUGCGAGCUGGAGAGGCGUAUAGAGUGGGGAUUUUGUGGCGCGGAAUGCUUUGUGUACUUGUAUGCUGCUUAGGGAUUCCUUUCCCCUAUAACUGUGUCUCCCUAGAGCCAGAGCAGCCGGGUAACGCCAAGUGGUCGGUCCUGCAAAUGAGUGAUGGAGGGGCACUCACCGACCCGCCCGGCCCUGACUGCUGCGCGCGUUUUGCUGUAUUUGUGGCCUCUCAGAGGCCAAGAGGGGGAAUGUUAGGUAGCCUUAGGUAGGAUUAACACUCAGGCAAAUGUAGGAUGAAAGUAACAUUAACACUAAAAUGUUAGAUAAAAGCACUAACACUUGAAUGUUAGGUAGGAUUAACACCCUGACAAAUGUAACACUAAAAUGUUAGAUAGAGAUAGCUCUCAGGCUGAGGUGCCCAGGAGGCCCCAGAGGGGGAAACAGACACGAGGUCUGAGGGAGAUAACUGAACCAGUGGAAAAGUACUGAAGGAGCAGUAAAACUUGAGAAAACAGAACAAAGGGGGCCAUCUGGCACAUAACAAGUUGAGCUAGCUGAUAGCCAAAUACGGCAUGGUCAAACACUGAUAAGAGACUGGGGGCCAAUGACAAACUGUAAAAACCGUUCAUUACCAAAUAAGGGAACGGUGCAGGGAUAAGGGGGGUAUAAGAAUAAACAACUUAGAACAAAGGGGUUAGAACGCCUUCUCCAGCUGGACAAAUGUCUAGCUGUAACCGAUUCUCUCUCGAAUAAAGCAGUCUGUUUCUUAGAA